AUGGGCUUGUUUCAGACACAGCUGCUAACGGCGGCUUCGUUGCCAGGAUGGAAUAUCCUGCUUCCUGUCCUGCUUCUGGUUCCUGUUUCGGUGGCUUUCUAUCGCCUCUAUCUCUCGCCUCUCUCCCAUGUCCCUGGACCUUGGUUUGCAUGCAUCUCGUCUUUUUUCCUCUACGCCAUCUGCUACUUGGGGAUUGAAGGGCGUGUCCUGCGGCACUACCAUCAAAGGUACCACACUGCGGUUCUGCGUAUAGGAUCGAACGCUGUUUCCCUGUCAGAUGGCGACGCCCUUCAUUCAGUCUACGUGGCCGGGGGAGGUCUCCCCAAAGAUUCCCGUUAUCGCAACUUCAGAGUCGAAGGACAUGAUACAAUCUUCUCCACGCUCGACCCUUCAUAUCGAAAUAUAAGAGCUAAGGCGGUGCUGCCGCUUUUUGCUACGAGCCGGAUCCAUUCGUCUUACGAGGAUAACGGCAUGAUGUCCCAGUUGGUGAACAAAUUUGUCGAUAUUCUUCGGACCGAGAAAGACAGGGCUAGUCCACGGCAGUCCCACAAGACGGUCACGAAAAAGGUGGAUAUCCUUGACCUCUCGUCCAGGUUGUCAAUCGAUGUCCUAACCGGAUACCUCUUCAAGAAAGUCUAUGGAGGCCUCGACGAGCAAUCCAGCGCCCCUGCAGAAGCGGGAAGCACCGAAAAGAGGCAACAUCCGUGGGGAAACAAGCUCUCCGCAACCCCCUUUGUCCUUGCAAUUGUUGCCUUCAGCCGUUUCUCUCUGCUCCCAAGUUGGCUCUUCACUCUGAUUAUCUCAUUUCAAGUGGGUCUAACAUUUAGAAAAGAAACUGCGGCAUCUCUGGAGCACAUUGCCAAUUUUGUGGCUGGAAUCAUGGACGUGGGCACUGGCACGGACACGGGGACCCGUCCAGACGACAAUGAAACGUACCAGUCUCGGCUGCUAGCCGCGGGAAUCUCACAUUCCGAGACCCUCAUCCAAUGCAAAGCCGCCAUGUUUGCCGGUGCGGAUUCAACGGCGGUCAUGCUGUCAACCAUCUUGUUCCACCUGGUCCAAAGGCCAGACGUGCGGCAGCGGGUGAAAGAAGAGAUCGACCAGCGCCCAGCGGGUGUAGACUAUAGGACACUGCCUUACCUGCGGGCCGUUAUCCGAGAGGGUCUUCGACUCGGGAUGGCGAACCCAGUACGCCUGACACGGAUCGUGCCUCCCGAGAGCCAAGGUUUAUCGGUUAGUGGGUUCUAUCUGCCACCCGGCACGGUGGUCGGUGCAGCCGCGUAUGUGUUCCAUCACAAUCCAGAUAUCUUCCCCAUGCCGUUCGAGUUCCAGCCCGAGCGCUGGAUCUCGGAGCAUCAUGAGGAGCAGCAUAACACGCAGGCACGACGACUCAUGGAUAGGGACUUCUUCCCAUUUGGACUGGGGUCACGCGCCUGUCUUGGUCGAAAUCUGGCAAUGCAGCAGCUUUUUGCUGCUGUCAGUACAGUAGUGGAGAGUGGGGUAUUAGAAGGAGCAAAGACCUGCACACGACAUAUUGAGCUGAUUGAAUGGUUUAAUGCAGAGAUUAAGGGCCAUGAGCUUGAAAUAGAGUGGUAG